AUGUGGGCAUUGUGCAUUGGAGCUUUGAUCAUUUUAAGCAUAACAAACUGGGUCUACAGAUGGAGAAAUCCCAGAUGCGACGGAAAGCUCCCGCCAGGUUCAAUGGGGUGGCCACUUCUAGGCGAGACCCUUCGGUUCUUCACUCCAAACACUACUCAUGACAUCGCUCCAUUCAUUAAAGAGAGAAUGAAGAGAUACGGGCCAAUAUUUCGUACCAGUUUGGUCGGUCGGCCGGUUGUAGUAUCAGCCGACCCAGAUUUCAAUUACUUCAUCUUCCAACAAGAAGGGCAUUUGUUCGAGAGCUGGUAUCCAGACACCUUCACAGAGAUCUUUGGGCGACAGAAUGUGGGUUCUUUGCAUGGUUUUAUGUACAGGUACCUCAAGAACAUGGUGCUCUAUCUCUUUGGCCCAGAAAGCCUCAAGAAGAUGCUCCCUGAAGUUGAGGAAGUUGCAAUUCGAAGGUUGAGGCACUGGUCGAAUCAGGACAAGGUCGAAGUAAAAGACGCAACUGCAAGUAUGAUAUUCCAUUUGACAGCAAAGAAGCUGAUAAGUCAUGACUCAGAGAGCUCGUCAGAGAAUCUGAGAGCGAAUUUUGAUGCCUUUAUAAAGGGUUUAAUUUCCUUUCCACUAGAUAUGCCUGGAACAGCCUAUCACGAAUGUCUCCAGGGCAGGAAAAAGGCAAUGAGAAUGCUGAAGAACCUAAUGCAAGAAAGACGAGCAACGCCCAGGAAGCACCAAAGUGAUUUUUUUGAUUAUGUCCUGGAAGAACUUAAGAAAGAGGGAACAAUACUCACGGAGGCAAUCGCUCUAGAUUUAAUGUUUGUGCUACUUUUUGCCAGCUUUGAGACCACGUCCUUGGCUCUUACGCUAGCCAUCAAGUUUCUUUCAGAUCAUCCUAGGGUGCUGAAGCAACUCACGGAAGAGCAUGAGGCCAUUCUCAGGAAAAGGGAUGAUGCUAGUUCCGGACUUUCAUGGAAGGAGUACAAAUUAAUGACGUAUACAUUUCAGUUCAUAAAUGAGACUGUAAGACUGGCAAAUAUAGUUCCAGGAGUCUUCCGAAGAGCACUAAGAGACAUCCAGUUCAAAGGAUACACCAUACCAGCAGGAUGGGCAGUUGUGGCAUGUCCACCAGCUGUACACUUAAACCCCACGAAAUAUGAAGAUCCUCUUUCAUUCAAUCCAGAAAGAUGGGAGGGAAUUGAAGUGAAUGGUGCAUCUAAACAUUUCAUGGCUUUUGGCGGUGGUAUGAGAUUUUGUGUUGGAACAGACUUCACAAAAGUCCAGAUGGCGGUCUUUCUUCAUUGCUUGGUUACUAAGUACAGGUGGCAAAUAAUCGAGGGAGGCAACAUUGUUCGAACCCCUGGUCUACAAUUUCCAGAUGGCUUUCACAUUCAGCUCAGGAAGAAAGAUGCAUUGAAUCUGGAAGAUGCAUAAAGCUCCAGAAUAGCAAAAUAAACACUUCAAAUGCAUGGCAUUGUCAUGUCUGAGCAUUGAGCGGGUGUAAACUGACGGAAUCGUACUGGCAUCCUCCAAUCAGAUUGCUUGAAGAGACG